AUGUGUCCGGCAAUCCCCGAUACAAAUCAGCCUGUGAGGUCUCAAUAUGCAGCUAUCCCCACUAUGCGCGUAUAUGUGUCUGGCAAACUCUAAAGCCAAUCCAUCUGUGAGGUUUCAAUAUGCAGCUUUCGUCACUUAACACGUCUAUAGGUGUCCGGCAAUCUCCAAUGCAAAUCACCUGUGAGGUUCAUUAUGUGUCUAUCCUUACUCAACGCGUCAAUGUGUCCGGCACUCCAACAUAACUCAACCCGUGGGGUUUCAGUAUGCAGCUAUCCCCACUCAACCCGUCCAUGUGUCUGGCAAUCUCAAACCUCACCCAACCCUUGAGGUUUCAGCAUACAGCUAUAAUCACUCAACACGUCUGUGUGUCCGGCAAUCUCCUACAUCACUCAACCUGUGAGGUUUCCGUAAACAGCUAUCCUCACUCCUCGCAUCCAUGCGUCACGCGUCUUUGGUAGCGCAUACUAUGGGGGCUAUAUUUGGGGUGGCGUGUUUUACGGCGCUUUGCCAACAGCGCCAACCCACUGAAGUCUAGA